GGUGGUCCUGUGUGGGGACCACCUGUGUGUCUCCAGGUGGUCCCCACACAUGGCCACCUGUGUGUCUCCAGGUGGUCACAUGGUCCCUGUGGUGUUCCUCCAGACAUGGAGCUGGCGUACGUGUGCGAGUGGGAGAAGCGUCCGAAGAGCACUCACUGCCCCUCCAUCCCGCUGGUCUGCUCCUGGUCCUGCAGGAACCUGGUGGCCUUCAGCACCGACCUGAAGGGAGAGGACGACGACAAAGAUGUUAGUCACAUGAUCCACAUCAUCGACACUGAGCACCCUUGGGAUGUUUACUCCAUCAGCUCCGGCCACACUGAGGUCAUUUCCUGUCUGGAGUGGGAUCAAUCGGGCUCCAGACUGCUGUCUGCGGAUGGGGACGGGCAGAUUAAGUGCUGGUCGAUGUCGGACCACCUGGUGAACAGCUGGGAGAGCGUCCUGUCCAGCUCUCUGGACGGAGACCCCAUCGUGGCUCUGAGCUGGCUGCACAACGGCGUGAAGCUGGCUCUCCACGUCGAGAUGUCGGGUUCUACUAACUUCGGGGAGAAGUUCUCCCGCGUGAAGUUCUCCCCGUCGCUCACGCUGUUCGGGGGCAAGCCGAUGGAGGGCUGGCUGGCGGUGGCGGUCAGCGGCCUGGUCACCGUGUCGCUGCUGAAGCCGGGCGGCGCCCUGCUGACGGCCAGCGAGAGUCUGUGCCGGCUGAGGGGCCGCGUGGCGCUGGCCGACAUCGCCUUCACCGGAGGAGGGAACAUCGUGGUGGCGGCCACCGACGGGAGCGGCUCGUCCCCGGUCCAGUUCUACAAGGUGGUUGUCAGCGUCGUGAGCGAGAAGUGCCGCAUCGACACGGAGCUGCUGCCCUCGCUGUUCCUGCGCUGCACCACCGACGCCACGAGGAGGGACAAGUACCCCGCCGUCACGCACCUCAAGUUCCUCACCAGAGAGAACUCUGAGCAGGUUCUGCUGUGUGCGUCCCACCAGAGCGGCAGCAUCGUGGAGUGCUGGUCUCUGAGGAAGGAGGGGCUUCCCGUCAACAACAUCUUCCAGCACCGCUCUCCAGUCGUCGGGGAGAAGCAGCCCACCAUCCUGAAGUGGAGGAUCCUGACGACCACCGGCGACCUGGAGCGAGUGUCGGCCAUCGCUCUGCCCAAGCUGCCGAUCUCCAUCUCCAACACGGACCUGAAGGUGGCGUCAGACACCAAGUUCUGCCCGGGCCUGGGUGUGGCUCUGGCCUUCCACGACGGCAGCAUCCAGAUCCUCCACCGUCUGUCCCUCCACACCAUGGGCGUGUUCUACAGCUCCUCGGCCUCCGGUCAGAGACCCGGAGACGAGUCCGCCGUCAAACGCCAAAGAACCGGAGGCCCCGCCCCCCACUUCAAGGCCCUGCAGUUCUCGUGGACCUCCCUGGCCCUGGCCGGAGUGGACAACCACGGGAAGCUCCACAUGCUGCGGGUGUCGCCCUCUAUGGGUCAGGUGCUGGAGAUGAACACCACGCUGCGCCACCUGCUGUUCCUGCUGGAGUACUGCAUGGUGACGGGCUACGACUGGUGGGACGUGCUGCUGCACGUUCAGCCCAGCAUGGUGCACAACCUGGUGGAGAAGCUGCACGAAGAGUACAUGAGGCAGAACCAGGCGCUGCAGCAGGUCCUGGCCACGCGCAUCGUGGCCGUGAAGGCGUCUCUCUGUAAACUCUCCACGGCGACCGCGGCCCGCGCCUGUGACUUCCACGCCAAGCUGCUGCUCAUCGCCAUCAGCUCCACCCUCAAGUCGCUGCUCCGCCCUCACGUCCUCCACCUGCCGGACAAGAGCCCCGGAGACCGGCUCGCCGAGAUCUGUGCCAAGAACACCGACACAGAUAUUGAUAAGGUGAUGAUCAACCUGAAGACAGAGGAGUUCGUGCUGGACGGCCCGCCCCUUCAGUCCCUGCAGCAGCUCAUCCAAUGGGUGGGAGACUUUGUCCUCUACCUGCUGGCCAACCUGCCCAACCAGGGCUCCCUGGUCCGGCCCGGGCUGGGCUCUGCCUGUGGCCUCCUGGUCCUGUCGGAGCUGCUGGUGAUGAUCCGGAUCUGGGGCCUGCUGAAGCCCGGCUGCCUGCCCUCCUUCACGGCCACGCUGGACAGCCUGCAGCUGCUGUUCAGGCUGCUGACCCGGCUGUGGCUGUGCUCCCGGGAAGAGGGACCCCCUCAAGACCCCGACGAGACUCUGAUAGACGAGUGCUGCCUGCUGCCCAGCCAGCUGCUGGUUCCCAGUAUGGACUGGCUCCCAGUGAAUGACGGCGUGGUCGUCAGGCUGCAGGGGAAACACCCGCUCAGGCUGCAGUUUGGAAAGGCCUCGUCUCUGCCUGGAGGCGGGGCCACGGCAGCGCUGGAGGUCUUCACCAGGAGUCCCGGCUCUCAGAAAAUGGAUAACCUGCGUUGUGUCCAUAUGGGCGUCUGUCCCACUGAGGAGAGCAAGGCCUGCACCAGGUGCGGCUGUGUGACGAUGCUUCGCUCUCCAAACAAGACCAACGCCAUGAAGCAGUGGGAACAGCGCUGGAUCAAGAACUGUCUGUGUGGAGGUCUGUGGAGGAGGAUCCCCCCCACCCUCAGCUGAUCCCCCCCACCCUCAGCUGAUCCCCCACCCUCAGCUGAUCCCCCCUCAGCUGAUCCCCCCACCCUCAUCUGAUCCCCCCACCCUCAGCUGAUCCCCCUCAGUCCACCUGUAAAUAAAGUCUGUUUUUGAUUUGACUUUGUAAUAAACUCUUCAAAGAUG